AUGUCAGCCAUUUACAAAGCUCUAAAUAAACGUUCAGAAUCUAAGCACACAGCAAAGAGAGUUAACAGACAAAGAGUUCUGCUGAUGACCUCUAGGGGCGUCACUUACAGACAUAGACAUUUGGUGCAAGACUUGUUCAGUUUACUUCCACAUGCAAAGAAAGAGCCCAAGUUAGAUCACAAAAAGAGACUAUAUGAGCUCAACGAAAUUGCUGAGCUGUACAACUGUAAUAAUGUGAUGUAUUUUGAAGCCAAAAAACACCAAGAUUUGUAUCUGUGGAUAUCCAAACCUCCUAAUGGACCAAGUUUAAAAUUCCAUGUACAAAACAUGCACACCUUAGAUGAACUCAACUUUACCGGUAACUGUUUGAAAGGUUCUAGACCAAUACUUUCCUUUGAUAAGGCAUUUGAUGAUGGAGAGGCUCAAUUUCAGCUGAUGAAAGAGCUGUUCAUUCACGUGUUCGGAGUUCCUCCUUUAGCUCGUAAAUCAAAACCGUUUAUUGACCACGUUAUGAGUUUCAGCAUUGUCGAUGGGAAGGUUUGGAUCAGAAACUUCCAGAUCGCUGAGACCGAGGAAUUGAAAGAAAAUGAAGAGGCAGCUACUAUCGACGAUUCUAUACUUAAAGAUCUCACCUUGGUGGAGAUUGGACCAAGAGUUGUGCUCACAUUGAUUACAGUACUUGAAGGAUCAUUUGGAGGUCCUAAGAUCUACGAGAACAAAGAAUAUGUUUCGCCUAACGUUGUUAGAGCUCAACAGAAACAAUUGGAAGCUGAAGCUGCCGCCAACAGAUCUAAAGCCACACUAGAUAGAAAAAUCAAGAUCAGAGACCAGGUCUUGGAGGCUGAUCCGUUGGAUAAUGAGGUCCUGUUCAAAAAUGGUUGA